CAACCUCUCUUUCUCCCUAUCUCUGUGUGUGUCUGAGGUGAAGAUGAACUUCCAAGGUCCAGUUUCAGGGGAUGCCAAAGAAGAGAAAAGGAAGGAUUCAGAAGGUGAAGAAGAAGAAGAAGAAGAACAGAAGGAGCAGAAGAGUCAUAAAGUCCCAUUCCUGAAACUCUUUGCCUUUGCAGACUUUUGGGAUUACAUCUUAAUGUUUUUAGGUUCCAUUGGUGCUUGUGUUCAUGGCACUUCUGUUCCUGUUUUCUUUAUUUUCUUUGGUAAACUAAUAAACAUCAUAGGAAUUGCUUACCUCUUCCCAGCUUCUGUUUCACAUAAAGUCGCCAAGUACUCGUUGGAUUUCGUUUAUCUGAGCAUUGCUGUGAUGUUCUCUUCAUGGGUUGAGGUGGGAUGUUGGAUGCAUACCGGAGAACGGCAAGCGGCGAAGAUGAGAUUAGCAUAUUUGAAAGCAAUGUUGAAUCAAGAUAUCAGCCUUUUCGACACCGACGCGUCUACCGGAGAAGUGAUCUCUGCAAUCACAAGUGAUAUAAUUGUGGUUCAAGAUGCCAUCUCUGAGAAGGUUGGGAAUUUCAUGCACUACAUAAGCCGUUUUAUGACCGGAUUUGCAAUUGGGUUCUCUCAAGUUUGGCAGAUCAGUCUUGUAACCCUUUCUAUAGUUCCUCUGAUUGCCAUUGCUGGUGGUGUCUAUGCUUAUAUAGCAACAGGUCUUAUUGCUAGAGUAAGGAAAUCCUAUGUGAAGGCUGGCGAAAUUGCAGAAGAGGCGAUUGCGAAUGUCCGAACAGUUCAAGCAUUUGUUGGUGAAGAGAAGGUGAUAUUGUCGUACAAGAAUGCUCUCAAGAAGACUUACGAGUAUGGAAAGAAGGGAGGACUAGCUAAGGGUAUGGGACUUGGUUCCAUGCACUGUGUUCUCUUCUUAUCCUGGGCACUGCUCAUAUGGUUCACUAGCAUUGUUGUCCACAAGGGGAUUGCAAAUGGUGGACAGUCCUUCACCACCAUGCUCAAUGUUGUCAUAGCCGGACUAUCACUUGGACUGGCUGCGCCAAAUCUUUCUACUUUCGCCCAAGCAAGAGCCGCUGCAUACCCCAUUUUUGGGAUGAUAGAGAGGAAUACAGUGAGUAAUGUUAGCUCCCAAGUAGUAGGCAGGAGACUCAAAAAAGUGGAGGGGCACAUAGAAUUUAAAGAAGUAUGUUUCAGUUAUCCAUCUCGCCCUGAUGUAGUGAUCUUUGAUAAUCUCACUCUUGAUAUACCGUCGGCGAAAAUCGUUGCACUUGUUGGAGGAAGUGGUUCAGGGAAGAGCACAGUAAUCUCAUUGAUCGAGCGAUUCUAUGAGCCCCUCUCUGGACAGAUACUAUUAGAUGGUAAUGACAUUAGAGAUAUUGAGCUCAAGUGGCUUAGGAGGCAAAUUGGGUUAGUUAAUCAGGAGCCAGCCCUCUUCGCCACAACAAUUCGUGAGAACAUCUUAUAUGGCAAAGAUGAUGCAACACUUGAAGAGAUCACUCGCGCUGCAAAGCUCUCUGAUGCCAUUUCUUUCAUCAGCAACCUUCCUGAUAGAUAUGACACACAGGUUGGUGAAAGAGGGGUACAAUUAUCUGGUGGACAGAAACAACGAAUUGCAAUAUCUCGGGCGAUUCUUAAGAAUCCUUCAAUACUUCUCCUCGAUGAGGCAACAAGUGCACUUGAUGCUGAGUCUGAGAAGAGUGUGCAGGAGGCACUUGAUCAUGUCAUGGUGGGAAGAACAACUGUUGUGGUGGCUCAUCGGCUCUCCACAGUUAGGAAUGCAGAUAUGAUUGCUGUCGUCCAUGGUGGGAAGAUUGUUGAAAUUGGGAGUCAUGAUGGGCUGAUUUCAAAUCCAAAUAGUGCCUAUGCAGCACUUGUGCAGCUCCAAGAGACAGCUUCCUUGCAGCACCAAGGCCCUGUCAUGGGACGACCUCUCAGUGUGAAGCUUUCACGAGAACUAUCACGCACAACCUCAAGUUUUAGGACCAGUUUCCGAUCUGAUAAGGAAUCAUCAUUUGGUCGUGGAGCUGACGAUGAGUCUGAGACCAUAAGUCUGAAAAGCAUUUCAUUUAAAAGGAUAUAUUCCAUGGUGGCUCCUGACUGGAUCUAUGGGGUGUUUGGCAUCAUUGGUGCAAUAGUUGCAGGUGCCCAGAUGCCACUGUUUGCUCUUGGGGUUACAGAUGCUCUUGUUUCCUAUUACAUGGAUUGGGAUACCACACGCCAACAAAUCAGGAAGGUUGCUUUUUUCUUCUGCGGGGGUGCUGUUCUGACCGUCAUCUUUCACACCAUCGAGCACCUUAGCUUUGGAAUCAUCGGAGAGCGACUAACUCUGCGGGUGCGAGAGAAGAUGUUUGCAGCCAUAUUGAGAAAUGAGAUUGGAUGGUUCGAUGAAAUGAGUAACACAAGUUCAAUGCUCUCAUCAUGCCUAGAAGCCGAUGCAACUCUACUACGAGGAAUGGUGGUCGAUCGUUCCACAAUUCUCUUACAGAACAUAUUUCUGGUUAUUACAUCAUUCAUCAUUGCCUUCUUCUUGAAUUGGAGGAUCACACUAGUCAUCAUUGCUACAUAUCCUCUGAUUGUUAGCGGUCACAUCAGCGAGAAACUCUUCAUGCAAGGUUAUGGUGGUGAUCUGAACAAGGCUUAUCUCAAAGCUAACAUGCUUGCUGGUGAGGCAGUAAGCAACAUCCGUACCAUUGCCGCAUUCUGUUCUGAAGAUAAGGUAAUUGAUCUAUAUGCACAUGAGCUAGAAGAGCCCUCCAAACACUCCUUCCGCCGAGGCCAGCUUGCCGGCAUUGCAUAUGGUGUCUCCCAAUUUUUCAUCUUCUCAUCCUAUGGCCUAGCCUUGUGGUAUGGCUCUGUUUUGAUGGGAAAAGGAGUCUGCAGCUUCAAAUCAGUCAUUAAAUCAUUCAUGGUUUUAAUAGUAACAGCAUUGGCCAUGGGAGAGACACUUGCAUUGGCACCAGACCUUGUGAAAGGGACCCAGAUGUUGGCUUCAGUUUUUGCUGUAUUGGACAGGAAAACAGAGGUUGUAGGGGAUGUUGGAGAGGAAGUGACAAGGGUGGAGGGGACAAUUGAAUUGAGGGGUGUUGAAUUUAAUUACCCUUCAAGGCCAGACAUUGUCAUCUUCAAAGAUUUCAAUCUCAAAGUAACAGCUGGGAAGAGCAUGGCUUUAGUAGGGUCCAGUGGAUCUGGUAAGAGCUCUGUUCUCUCACUUAUACUGCGGUUCUACGAUCCAACAGCAGGGAAAGUGAUGGUUGAUGGAAAGGACAUUAAGAAACUAAAGCUCAAGUCCCUUCGAAAAUACAUUGGCCUUGUCCAACAAGAACCAGCACUGUUUGCCACAACAAUUUAUGAAAACAUUCUUUAUGGCAAAGAUGGAGCAUCUGAAGCAGAGGUAAUUGAGGCUGCUAAGCUUGCUAAUGCACACAACUUCAUCAGUAGCCUUCCUGAGGGCUACUCAACCAAAGUAGGAGAGCGAGGGGUGCAACUAUCAGGUGGACAGAAGCAACGGGUUGCCAUUGCCAGAGCUGUUCUCAAGAACCCAGCAAUCUUGCUUCUUGAUGAGGCCACUAGUGCUCUCGAUGUGGAAUCUGAGCGUGUCGUUCAACAAGCCCUUGAUAGGCUAAUGAAGAAUCGAACGACGGUAAUGGUGGCACAUAGGUUGUCUACCAUCCAAAAUGCUGAUCGAAUAUCAGUUUUGCAAAAUGGAAAGAUUAUAGAGCAAGGGAACCACUCUACUUUAUCAGAGAACAAGGAAGGCGCUUAUUAUAAGCUAAUCAACUUACAGCAACAGCAACAACGACAGUAAAAUGAGUUAAUGACCAAGAACACUGGUUGCAUAUUGUAC